AUGCGCAACGCGAAAAUCUGGUGCGAGACGCCACCUUCGCAACUAAUCAAGCUGUAUGGUCCAGGCACGCUAUCCGACGCCUACCUCAAGGUGUGCCGCCGACUGGACUUCCCCGACGAGAAGGACCCCGCACCACCUCCGCAGCACGUGCAAGCGCGAGAGGUCAAGCUGGCUUCCGUUCCUGACGCCCUGUUGACCUGGAAGAACUGGGCACCGGUGCGAUCCGUCACCCGUGUUCGGGCCUUGGUCGCCAAGAACUUGCUCAAGAUCAUGCGCCGACUCGUCACCAUCGUGUUCCAGCUGGUGAUGCCGUCGUGCGUGGGCGUGGUGUUCUGCCUCUUCGUGGGCGGCAACCCGACCAAUCUGCCGAUGGCUGUGGUCAACGAAGACAAGGACGGUGUCUACCCAAAGGCUUUCCUUUCCUUUGUCGACCCCAAUAUCCUCAAUCUGGCACAGCCGUAUCCGGAGGCUAAUGCUCAGAAUGUCCACGCGCAGGGGAUGUACCCGAACCGCGAAGAGGCAUUCGCAGCAGUGCUGAGAGAAGAUGUUUGGGGCACCAUCUACUUUCCCGAGAACUACAGCACUGUGCUCCAGGCACGUGUACACAUUUGGGUCCGAAUCAUUGCACUCUGCAAUGGUGCAGACUACACGAUCCGCAACGUGAUAAUGAAGGAGCUGCAUCGGACCAACGACAAAAUUUCUGACCCGUUCUACCACGCCUUCGACUUCACCUUCCGGGAAUUCAUGAGCCCGGGCAUCAUCGCAUGCACCCUGUUCGCGCUGUCCAUCACGCUCACGGCACUGCUGCUGGUCGGCGAGGACCAGGGAGGCAUCCGAGGCCGGUGCGCCGUCGCAGGGCUGAGCACCACCGAGGUGAUAAUGGGGCACGCGAUGGUGCAGACGGCGCUGGCGUACGUGCAGACUGUGUUCAUGCUCGUCGUGUUCGUCAGCGUGUUCGACACACCCGUGCACGGGUCCAUCCUGGUGGCCUUCAUCAUUCCCGUACUCAUGGCCUUCACCGGCAUGAACUUUGGUCAGUCCAGAAUGCAAUCGAGCGUUCGCAGCAUCAUCAACAAAAUCUCGCCCUGGUUGAAGCAGCCAACGGCUGAACAACCAACCAUGGUUUCUCAGGACGAAGAUGAACGGGCGACCACGCACGCGAAUCUUGAAUGA